CUCCCUAUCGUUGUUGAAUAAAUAGCCUUUUCUUCUAGACAGCAUAAAGACAAAGAGUACACGAGGUUUCACGACUAUCUCAUUUCAACUACAAAGAUGGGCCAACCAUCGUUCGAGGCGUCCAACGCCAUUGUAUAUGUGACAUAUGGAACCUUCCUCGCUUCCGCUGGCUCUGAACUUCAUUGCCUCGGCAACGACGAUGGACGAGCGGCGGCCGACUGGACACGGACGGAUCAAGUCGGCCGGUCGGAGCAAAGUCGGGAACUUGAGCCCAUAGGCGCCAUCGGAUCCGGAAUUCUAUUCUCGUACCCACAGCUUGCGACCAUUACGGGAGUGCAGGGCGUGGUGGUAUAUGCACUCUCGUCGGCCCUCCCGCUGCUGAUAUUUGCCGCGCUGGGGCCCAAGAUCCGCAACAAGUGCCCCGAGGGUUUCGUGCUCACUGAGUGGACGAGAGAGCGCUACGGAAAAGCCACGGCAUUAUACCUCAGCUUCAUGUCACUCGUGACGCUGUUCUUGUACAUGGUUGCCGAGCUGUCUGCCAUCGGGCAGGUUAUCAGCACACUGACGACCAUGAACCCUCUGCCAGUCAUGAUUGUGCAGUGCAUCGUGACGACGGCCUACACAUCCAUGGGCGGCUUCAAGAUCUCGUUUCUGACCGACAACGUCCAAGGCGUCAUGGUUCUGGGCCUGAUUCUCAUUGCAACCAUUGCUAUUGGAGUCGAGACCCGGAUCGACCCUGCCUUGAUCGAAUCCUCCGGCCUUACCAAGCCCACCUUACUUGGCUGGCAGCUCCUCUACAUUCUCCCCGUUGCCAUCUUGACCAACGACUUCUUCCUGUCCAGCUUUUGGCUGCGUACUUUUGCCUCCAAGACCGACAAGGACUUGUGGAUUGGCGUUAGCCUGGCCACCGGCGCCAUCCUCUGCAUCCUCACCCUUGUUGGCGUCACAGGACUGGUGGCCGUCUGGUCAGGAGCAUGGCCCGGCCCUGAUAAUGCAGACGGCUCCGUCGCCUUCUUCAUGCUACUUCAGCAGCUGCCCAACUGGGUCGUCGGCAUGGUGCUGCUCAUGGCCGUGACGCUCAGCACGGCUGCCUUUGACAGCUUGCAGAGCGCCAUGGUGUCUUCGGCUUCCAACGACCUGUUCCGCAACCGUCUGGGUGUGUGGCCGAUCCGGGCCGCCGUCGUGCUCGUCAUGAUUCCCGUCAUCGUAAUCGCCCUGCGUGCGCCCAGCAUCCUCCAGAUUUACCUCAUCUCCGACCUAGUCUCGGCCUCGACCAUUCCCGUCCUGGUUCUGGGCCUCUCGGACGCCUACUUUUACUGGUGGCGCGGCUUUGACGUUGUCUGCGGCGGGCUCGGCGGCAUCUUGUCCGUCUUCAUCUUCGGCACCGCCUACUACGGCAACGCACAGGCCGGUGGCGAGCUCAUCCUGCUGCAGCAGGGUCUGUACACGGGCGACUGGGGCGUCUUUGGUGCCUUUGUGGCCGCCCCCGUCGGAGGCCUCAUCUUUGCAUUCCUUGCCAUGCUGGGCCGCGUCGGCUUCCUCUUCGCCAGGGCCAAGAUGACGGGAGCUCCGUUCACCGCCUUCGACCGACCCAUGGCAGCAGAUGUGGUGGCAUCACCGGCCCGAGCCGAGCCCGGAUUUGAGGAUGGAGAUUUGCGCGAGGAGGACUCCAUCACGGAGCAGGAGCCGGGGAUCAGUGGCAAAGUCGGCAAGUUCUUCUAUUGAUCAAGCAACGAAGGGGACUUUCCGCACCGUGGCAAGUGUCUCGAGCCUUGCUUGUGCCGAGGAUGGAUGGUAGUGGUUAGGAAAAGAAAAUCCUAGUGGUCAAAUAGAUCAAGGACUGGGUGGUGAACACGUCUCACUAAAGAGAAGGGAUUAUCUUUUGUGUCGGAGGGUUAAAGGAGACGAGACGAGCCCGAGAUCCGACUCCGGUGAUAUUAAACUUGUUCGUCUAAAGCAUGGAAGGGAAGAUCACGCGCUCGGAUGCUCAAUAAUUUGUGGAUGAUACGAAAAUCGCUAUUCGCAGUGUAUUUAUGUCCGUAUGUCAAGUGGUUCAGCUCUUGUUUUUCUUUUCUUCUCGGUCCUUCGAGUAGAAAUUCAGGACACAAAGAAAUACAAAGAUACCGG